CCCAAAAAUCUGGCCUGGCCGAUGUCGGUUAACUUUUGGCGGGGAGUGAAAUGAUGAGUAACGGAAGUUGGACCAUCGUAUAUGAACGCCUUCGAGUCCUACUCUAGUAUAUCAGCUCUUGAGAAUCUCCAAAGAAUCCUUGUGAGUGCUACGAUAGAAGAUUUAAGACGCAAUGGCUCCUCAAUUCCCUCCCCCGCCAGUCGAUACCAUCGAUUGGUCCAAUGUCGGCUUCCGCGUCCGCGAAGUGAACGGCCACAUCGAAUCCCACUACUCCACCUCCACCGGCCAAUGGUCCCCCCCAACCUUCGUCACCGACCCCUUCCUCCGCAUCCACGGCCUCGCCCCAGGCCUCAACUACGGCCAACAAUGCUAUGAGGGCCUCAAAGCCUUCCGCCACCCCGACGGCGACAUCCGCAUUUUCCGGCCCGCCAAGAAUGCCACCCGCAUGGCCCAUUCGGCUUCGUUCAUCUCCAUCCCUACCGUCCCCGAGGCGCAUUUCUUGAAAUGUGUGCACGCCGCCGUCGCGCAGAACGCCGCGUUCGUCCCGCCGCAUGAGACUGGCGCCGCGAUGUAUAUUCGGCCGUUGCUAUUCGGUUCGAGCGCGCAGCUGGGUUUGAAUCCUGGGGAUGAGUACCUGUUCUGCGUCUACGUACUGCCAACUGGAGUGUAUCAUGGGACGAAUCCGGUGGAUUGUCUGGUGCUGGAGGACUAUGACCGGGCGGCGCCGGAGGGGACGGGGAGCGCGAAAGUGGGCGGGAACUAUGCGCCGGUGUUGCGGUGGAGUGAGAAGGCGUAUAAGGAGGGGUUUGGGAUCACGUUGCAUUUGGAUAGUAAGGAGAGGAGGGCGGUCGAUGAGUUUAGUACGAGUGGAUUCAUUGGAGUAAAGAGAACGGGUGAGGGCGAGGCGGAGAAGGUCACGAUAGUCGUUCCGGACUCGAAGAACGUAAUUGAUAGUGUGACGAGUGCGAGCGUGUGCGAUAUGGCUAAGAGUUUUGGAUGGACGGUGGAGAAGCGCGAGAUCCUCUACGAAGAACUCCCCAGCUUCUCAGAAGUUUUGGCCGCCGGCACAGCAGCCGCUCUUGUUCCUAUCCGAUCGAUCACCAUGAAAUCGAAGGGCGACAAGUUCGAGUACCUACCAAAAGACGCUGGUCCAGGUCCAGCCUGUAUCAGGCUACUGACCACACUCAAGGGGAUCCAAUUGGGCAAGGUUGACGACACGUUCAGCUGGUGUGAGAAGGUUGAGGCGCCGGAAGGAUGGGGUAAGGAGGUCAACGGGACGGGUGCAAACGCAAACCAUGUGGAUGAACUGCCGUGAGUCAAACAGAGGGCGGCAAUCAGUGGCAUUCUGCAGAUUAGCGUUAUGAUUAGCGUUAUAAUGGCUAGAAAUGACCAUGUGAAGGUAAAAAAUAUGCAUAUAUCACCUUUCAUCUGCACAUGCUCAGCUCUUUAUACAUGCAUCUUCAGUCCUAAGACGUUCAACACAGAGUACUCGUUAUCAUAUCCUCCUGACCCGC